ACUACACAGGAAGUGUGAUCCGGGUGAAGCGUCGUGCCGCGCCGAGCCCCUCAAGUGAUUUUGGAUCAAUCUGAGCGAUCAGAAGCGAUUAAUAGCGCUAAUCAGCGACUCGUUCCCCGUGUGUUUGAGUCAUGGUCGGGGUGAAGGUGAUCGGGAAUGACUCGGAGUUCCAGGCGGAGCUGAGCGGAGCCGGAUCCAGGCUGGCCGUGGUGAAGUUCACCAUGAGCGGCUGUCGUCCUUGUGUCAGAAUAGCUCCAGCGUUCAACAUGUUGAGCAACAAAUAUCCUCAGGCUGUGUUUCUGGAAGUCGAUGUCCAUGUUUGUCAGGCAACAGCUGCAGCCAAUAAUAUCUCAGCGACGCCGACGUUCUUGUUCUUUCGAAACAAAGUGCGUGUGGACCAGUAUCAGGGCGCGGACGCUUCUGGCCUGGAGGAGAAGAUCAAGCAGCAUGUGGAGAACGAUCCCAGCAGCAACGAGGACUCGGAUAUUCCCAAAGGAUACAUGGACCUGAUGCCGUUCGUUACUAAAGCAGGCUGUGAAUGUCUCAACGAGAGCGAUGACUGUGGCUUUGACAGCUGCUUAAUCAAGGACUCGUCCUAUCUGGAGUCAGACUGUGAUGAACAGCUUCUGAUCACAAUCGCCUUCAAUCAACCUGUCAAGCUCUUCUCCUUGAAACUGCUGGCUGCAGAAUUAGCGAUUGUCGUAGUACUUGAUUUCAGAAUUUUAAUCAAAGCGUUCACAUUUUCCACCUGUUUUCGUGUUCAGUUAUUUAUCAAGUCAAACCAAGGAGACGAGGAGACGACGAAAGUGAACUACUUGACGUUUAUCGGGACUCCUGUCCAGGCGACGAACAUGAGCGACUUCAAGCGGUUAUUUAUCAAGUCAAACCAAGGAGACGAGGAGACGACGAAAGUGAACUACUUGACGUUUAUCGGGACUCCUGUCCAGGCGACGAACAUGAGCGACUUCAAACGGUUAUUUAUCAAGUCAAACCAAGGAGACGAGGAGACGACGAAAGUGAACUACUUGACGUUUAUCGGGACUCCUGUCCAGGCGACGAACAUGAGCGACUUCAAACGGUGUGGUUCUUGGGGAUCUAAAGCGAUUGUCGUAGUACUUGAUUUCAGAAUUUUAAUCAAAGCGUUCACAUUUUCCACCUGUUUUCGUGUUCAGUUAUUUAUCAAGUCAAACCAAGGAGACGAGGAGACGACGAAAGUGAACUACUUGACGUUUAUCGGGACUCCUGUCCAGGCGACGAACAUGAGCGACUUCAAGCGGGUUGUGGGUAAGAAGGGAGAAAGUCACUGAAGAGGAAAAGACGACACGACAUAUUGCUGCAAUCUCUCCAUGGGCGUCUCUCUCUCCGCCAACAUGACUGGGCAAAAUCACCACCGACACACACACAGACACUGCCGAGCGCCGGAUCCGUCCCUCAGCUCGCCUUCAGACGAGAGACCGAGCGAGAGAAGACACCGCUUUGUCUCAGUGAGGCCCUGGAGCAGUCGUUUUUAUCUGAAACCCUCCUGAAAUGUUCCUGUAAAUAAAGUCGAUCCUUUUUCAAAGG